AUUGAAACCAACCCUAAGCUCUUUUUAUCUCCGCCCUAAAGGUAGCCCCGAUUAUUGCUGACUUAAGCAUUGGAGUGUCUACCCCGAGUUCCACCUCGGGGCUUUACAGGUCAUCCCGGAGUGCAAGCGCAGACUGAAGAAAAACUUCUGGUUUGGUGCAAUUACAUUGGCGCCGUCUGUGGGAAUCGAACUGGAAGCUUUUUAGUUGCCCUUUCAUCAUGGUUCACAAUCGAUCAGUCCGAGCUGGUAAUUCGUCUCUGCCUCAUGGGCAAGGUCAACCCCCCAACAACCUUCCACCUCUGAUCCCACCUCUGAUCCCACCUCAAAUCCCACCUCAGCUUCCACCUCAGGUCCCAACCAUAUUCCAUCCUGUUGAUCAUGCAGAAGGGGGAGAUGAAAACCAACCCCAUACCUCAGCUCACAAUUCCACUUCCACUGCCAAUCAAGACGUAGUGGCAGCUCAACUUGCUGCCAUGCAGCAACAGUUCGGUGUUUUUCAGUUGGUACUGGCUCAGCUUUUAGCUAGAAAUAAUCCUGGUGAUUCCCUCAUUAAUUUAUUAAACCCUGCUCAACAACCCCCAGCCCCACAACAGAAUCCUCAACCAAUUCCACCUGCUCCCGCUAUUAGCGAAUCUCAGGGUCAAUCUCACAUAGCACCUGCUCAGCAAUCCAUCUCUGAUGAUGAUCCCGAUGAUCACCUACAUGCUUUCUACUCUUGCAUGCAAGCUCAGAACGCCUCUGACGCGUUAAUGUGCAAAAUCUUCCUGUCUACUCUGCGAGGUAAUGCUCGAACUUGGUAUUACAGUCUACCUCCGAGGUCAAUUAGUUCUUACACAGAAAUGGCAUCUGCCUUUGCCACUAAGUUUUCCAGUAGAAGGUUGAUUAGGAAAACUACUACUGAAUUGAUGCGAGUUAAACAGAGGGACGGAGAGUCUCUGAAGAAUUACAUGAGCAGGUUCAGAGACAGUUUGAUCAAACAUGCUGCCACCACCUUUAGGGAGGUGAACGAUAGAGAGGUUAAACAUCAAAACCGAGCUCAGAAGCGGAAGAUUGACGACGCUGAGUGGAAGAACCAACCCAUUACUUUCACAUCUGCUGAUCUUGAUACAGUUAUUACACCCCACAAUGAUCCCUUGGUCACUUCUGUAAUGAUUAAUAACUGUGAAGUACAGCAUGUCCUUGUUGACACCGGGAGUGCACCAAACAUCAUGUACUUCCACUGUUUCGAGAGUCUGGGAUUAGAUCCAGCAUUGUUGCAGAAGAAUGAUGGUCCUAUCUAUGGUUUCAACAACCAGCCUAUUCCGGUAGAAGGAGUUCUUACCCUCCAUGUGGCUUUUGGAAGUGGCAGAACCUAUGUGACUCCUUCAGUCCGGUUCCUCGUAGUCAAAAUGGCGUCUUCUUUCAACAUUGUUAUUGGCCGACCCACACUAACUGAAAUCCGAGCUGUGGUUUCCCAGUCUCACCUCUGUAUGAAGUUCCCAACUCCUAUGGGAAUAGCAACACUACGAGGAAAUCAGGAGGUGGCCAGGCAUUGUUAUAUCACCUCGCAAGUUAUGGGUGUUGAGAUCGUAGAUAAUCGACCAGAAGAUGAAACCAGAGCUGCUCCGGUUGAAGAUGUUGAAGAAGUGCUCAUUGAUGACAGAGAUUCGAGCCGAAAGACGCAGAUCGGAACUAGAUUGAACCCAGAGGAAAGGGCAGAGCUAAUAGCUUUUCUUCGAGCUAAUAAUAAUGUAUUCGCAUGGACUUCGGCAGACAUGCCAGGAAUUCCAAAUUCAGUCUCUCAACAUAACAUUGACAAAUUAGUUGAAGUGGCUUCAGGCAAUGAGAGGUUAAGCCUCUUGGAUGCAUACUCGGGGUAUCACCAGGUGCCAAUGGCUCUAGAAGACGAAGAGAAAACCGCGUUCUAUGCUAGCGAUGAAAUUUAUUGUUAUGUCAUGAUGCCGUUCGGCUUAAAGAACGCAGGUGCUACUUACCAGAAAAUGGUAACCAUUGUCUUCCAUGCUCAGAUUGGCAAGAAUCUGGAAGUAUAUGUCGACGACAUUGCGGUAAAGAGCCUAAAAGCAGAAGACCAUCUCGCCGAUCUCGACGAAACCUUUAACAACCUCAAAAAGAACAGGAUGCGAGAAGAUCAGAGCAAUUGCCGAGAUGGAACCGCCGAAAUCAGUGAAAGAUAUACAGAGGUUAACUGGAAGGGUGGCAGCUCUGCAUCAGUUCAUAUCGAAGUCAGCAGAUAAAUGUCUACCGUUUUUCAAAAUUAUGAGGU